UUUCUCUCUGUCUGUAUCCGCGAAGAAAUAAAUAUCAUUUAAAAUAAGUGAUGAUAAUAAAUAGAUGUAUUGUUUUCAAGUAAAAAAGGAGACAGCCUCUUGGAAAGGGGUUUGGCUUCAUGACCGCACACCAGAGGCGGCCAGGAGGUCGGCAGGAGCCCCGAGUUUCACGUGGUGUUCUCUUUUCUCUUCCCCAAACCGCCAGCUAAUGUCCUGGAGGGUGACUCCAUGGACCAGGACGUGGAGAGCCCCGUGGCCAUUCACCAGCCCAAGUUGCCUAAACAAGCCAGGGACGACCUGCCCAGACACAUCAGCCGGGACCGGACCAAAAGGAAAAUCCAGAGGUACGUCAGGAAGGACGGCAAGUGCAACGUGCAUCACGGCAACGUGCGGGAGACCUACCGCUACCUGACCGACAUCUUCACCACCUUGGUGGACCUCAAGUGGAGGUUCAACCUGCUCAUCUUCGUCAUGGUUUACACGGUCACGUGGCUCUUUUUCGGGAUGAUCUGGUGGCUCAUUGCGUACAUCCGGGGGGACAUGGACCACCUAGAGGACCCCUCAUGGACUCCCUGUGUCACCAACCUCAAUGGGUUUGUCUCUGCCUUUUUAUUCUCCAUAGAGACGGAGACCACCAUCGGGUACGGUUAUCGGGUCAUCACGGACAAGUGCCCGGAGGGGAUCAUCCUCCUCUUAAUCCAGUCCGUGUUGGGGUCCAUUGUCAACGCCUUCAUGGUGGGGUGCAUGUUUGUGAAGAUCUCGCAGCCCAAGAAGAGGGCGGAGACGCUGGUGUUCUCCACGCACGCGGUGAUCUCCAUGCGGGACGGGAAGCUGUGCCUCAUGUUCCGCGUGGGCGACCUGAGGAACUCCCACAUCGUGGAGGCCUCCAUCCGAGCCAAGCUGAUCAAAUCCAAACAGACCUCAGAGGGGGAGUUCAUCCCUCUCAACCAGACCGACAUCAACGUGGGCUACUACACCGGGGAUGACCGCCUCUUCCUGGUGUCUCCUCUCAUCAUCAGCCACGAGAUUAACCAGCAGAGUCCUUUCUGGGAGAUUUCCAAAGCCCAGCUACCCAAAGAGGAACUGGAGAUCGUGGUCAUCCUGGAAGGAAUGGUGGAAGCCACGGGCAUGACGUGCCAGGCUCGCAGCUCCUACAUCACCAGUGAGAUCUUGUGGGGGUACCGCUUCACCCCAGUCCUGACGCUGGAGGAUGGAUUCUACGAAGUGGACUACAACAGCUUCCACGAGACCUACGAGACCAGCACCCCUUCCCUCAGUGCUAAAGAGCUGGCCGAGUUGGCCAGCAGGGCUGAGCUGCCUGUCAGCUGGUCCGUGUCCAGCAAACUCAACCAACACGCUGAACUGGAGACGGAAGAGGAAGAGAAGAAUGCGGAGGAGCAGACGGAGAGGAACGGAGAAGUGGCCAACCUGGAGAACGAGUCCAAAGUCUAGGCCCCCGGCUGGGCACCCCAUCCGCUCUCCCCACCUAACCCCCGACACGUACACGCCCCUCCCCUUGUCUCUCGAGCCUCUGCUUUGUCUCUUUCACUCUGUCUUCUGUUGACACUCUUUCUUUCCGCGUUCUCAGAAAACAGAGCUUCAGGGUGUGAAAUGCCUACCUGCCUGCUCUUCAGUAGCUUUGUUUUGUUUUGUUUUUUUCUUUCAGGUUGACAAGGCAGACAGGAUUCAGUGAAGGGACCAUCAUCCUUCGUUAGGGAGGUUAACCUUCUCUCUAAAAACCAUGCUUCCCCCUCCUAGUGGUCUAAGCUACCUUCCUGCAUGAUGCCCGACCACACAGACAAGGGGGCAUGACAAGAAAGGUCUCCGUGCCUAUUAACCCAGGCAGCGAGGUCUGGAGCAGAGUCCUCAGUGCUCCCGACCCCAGUACCUGCCAUCUCCAGGGACAGGUGCUUGUCCCAUGUAGGUGUGGCCGUUCCAGGACCCAGGUGAGCUACAGACAAGACACUGUACAUAGUUAUGCCUUAUGUAAUUCUAUCUUCUUCUUGCGGUGAGUUAACAACCGAGCAUGUACAAAAGGUCUGGAGACCGUAACUUCUAAUGUACAUAGAUGUAUCAUUCAUGUAGCUUUAGAUCUAUGACUUUAGAAAUAAGAUGCAAAAAAAAAAAAAAAAUCAAACAAAAACAAAACAAAGAUUCCCAGUGUACAGUAAGCACUCCCUGCUGAGGCCCGUGUUUCCUGAGUGUCUCUGAACCCAUCCGCCACAGGGCUUCCUGUGCAUGGCCUCCAUCCCGUGUCCAUAACUGGCCAUCGUUCCUGGUAGCUCAGCGAGCCCUUGCUGACGCUUUCAUGGAAUCUAAUAAAGCCAUAGGUCUGAGGGAAGUUGGGAGGUCCAGGAGCUGACAAAACCCACCACCCACAUGCUGACCUACUGUGAAAUGUUUACAAAUUGAGGUCUCUUCUUUAAGAUCCCAGAGGGCCUCACCGCCUCACGUGGGAGAGAAACCCCCAGAGGACCCACUUGGGCUGUCCAACUCACGUUGGGUGAUGUUCAUUUGUUUUUUUUUCCACGUGAGCUUUCUCCCCAGGGAGUACAACCAUUGGGAAACUUUGCUUCUGCAAAAUCACGAACUCAACCACUGUGCCACUCUGUAGGCAGGAGACACGUCAGAUGGUGAAGGGUAGGUAAGGUGUGAGAGGGUGGCAGCAGAUGGUUACAGCUGCGACACCCACAGAGACAUGGAGCCGGCAGUGUGGAGUAUGACCCCUGCCUUCCCACACUUGACCCUGUCCCUGCUCUGUCUAUUUCUUGCUUUGGCAUUGGUCAUUUUUUGUUGUUCUUUUACUGUUCAUAAGUGACCAGAGUUUAGCAGUCAAGAUUACGUCCGCCACCUUUCUGAACGUCUAAGAAUUCUCUCCACACUCUACUGCAGAUUACAAGUUGAAUCCAAAGUGUCUCCCACUCGAAAGUGAAAAAAGCAAACAAAACUUCAGUCUUAAUUCAUUAUAAUCUGCAAAGGCAAAUGCAGAAGGAGAGAGGAAGACAGGCAGGCAGGCAGGCAGGAAGGAGGAGAGGAAGGUAGAAGGGUAUUUUAUAUUUAAAUACAUCGAAACGUCAAAAUUUAAAAAAGAAAUCCCACCUCAGAUCAGACUUCCAGGGCAGUGGAGAUUCUGUGCUAUUGACUUGCUUGCAUUCAUACACUGUCCUCUCACACCACCUUAAAUGUUCACAGACUUGAUCCCAGUUCAUUUUCAGGUCCUAGUCACCAUGUUCAGUCUAGGGCUUUGCACCACAGAUGUGAAAGAGCUCAGUGGUCUCCCCUCCCUGUGGCCCUUGCCUUCCCUGUCCCGGGGGCAGGACCUGCCUACCCAAGACCGUGGCCCAGAGACAAGAAAGGAGACUGCUCCACUCAAACUGGGGUUUCUCUCCUCCCACUUGCAAGACCUCUGCUCGGACAACUGCUUCUUGGCAUGGAUCUGAUGGACAACAAAACCCUUGGCCAAAGCCCUUCCCUGUUGGCCAACGUCUCACUCCUUGUAUUGAAUACCUGGUUUGAUUCAUCGCACACACGGUGGAGGAGGAGUCUGUGGAAAAGGAAAGAGGAGGAGGGAGCCCCAGGCACCUGGGGGUGUGGCCUUCCCUGGCUGUAGCCCUAGGAGGGAAGCUCUGAGCUUAUGUGAUGGUCACUCUGCCUCUUCAGUAGACUUGCCAAGCAGGGCUUGGGAACACAAAACAAGACGGGGCCAGGGCUUCACAAAGUCUGCUCAUUUAGCUCUUGAAGAUUCCCGGGGCCUUCUGUUAACCCGUUACUAAGUCUAGAAGGGCAACACACGCCUGGUGACCAGUUGGGAGAGAAGUCCCAGGUCUUUCAGCACAACCAAUCCAAGAGCCUUGAUAACCUCUCAGUCAUGCGCAUGUGUCUGUCCUGUCAGGGCGCCUCCAUGUGGGGUCUCUCCUUACGUUUCGCUAUCUUUGGAAUUCAUGUCGGUGGAGUCAGAACAUGAACCAAAUCCCGUUUUUUGUAGUGUGAGCCUCUAAAUCUUUGAGGGAGGCUCCACAGGGACCUUUUACUAGAGUGUCCGCAGCAAACAUGUCUAUUUUUCUACAAUUCUUGAUACUGCAGUUUAGCGGUGGAUUUUGUGUCAGCUGUUAACAUUUGGAAGCAAAAGAAGCUCUUUGAGGCUGAGUUUUCUAAGCAGCAAGUAGGGAAUGGUGUCUUAUUUUCAUUCAGACAGGGGAACAAAGAUGAUCCUACCCACGUCUACCCCUCCUAUCCCAUAAUACUCGGUUCUCGUUCACCCAGUCGCUCUGUUAUCAAAUCAAAGUGCCGUGAAAAGAAGUCAAGCCUAUGUCAAUGCAACAAGACCAUCCAAAACAGGGGUCACGUCCGCGGGGGUGUUGUGGUCCCUGGGCUGGUGUCUUGAGUCUCCUUUCCACAAAAGCACGGUGAGGCCCUUCAGCCAGGUAAACGCUUCAACCCCAAAGUCUAGGUUCACCACAGCUGCGCCCGAUCUGGGGGGUUGGGGGGGGAGGAAAAAGGCAGAUUCAACUGGAAGCAUGAGCCCCGCCCCCAUCCAAGGGUUGCUUGAGACCCUCAGAUUCUUCAAACCCACCCAUGUUUACAAGUCAACUUUAUGAAAUGAAUAAAACUAUUUAUGUUUCUGACUUGACUAUGCCCUAGGCGAACUCUGCGCUCUAAGUUUAGCGCACGUGCGCUCACUGUAAUGCCCAGCAGUGGCUAUCCCUAAACACGGUGACCCAAUCUGCCUGAUUCAUCAGACAGGCACUCCAUGUUCAUCAAAGGAAUCCUCUCUUCCCCCCACUCCCUUCCUCCGGUUGGCCCUCUUUUUGGCUCUUUCCCUAACUCUCCAGUUCCAGAUUUGUUUAGUUCAAGACCUUGUGAUCCCUAAGAGGCAGGUGAAUCCAAAUCUUUCCUCCCUCCCCAGUCUAUUUCUUAAGCACAAUUUUCUCUUCUGGCUUUACCUGAACUAAAACUCAGAGCUAUCUAUUUCUCGUUAGCCUUCAAUUUAAAAUCUUUAUGGAUCCAUUUAUAAGCUUAUAUUUUGGAAUCUCUAGAGAAACAACUUUCUGCUCCCCCUCUCUCUAGAGUGUGUAUAUUUCCAGUUGUUGCUAUUGAUGAUGAUGCUUUAGAUGUAGAUCACUUUUACAAAGGUGGGAUUUGGUAGACAGAGAAAGAGAUCAAUAAAAAAGGGGGGGCAGGUGGUGGUGCACCUGGUUAAGUGCCACACUGAAAUGCACAAGGAUGCAAGUUCAAGCCCCCGGUCACCACCUGCAAGGGGAAAGCUUCAUGAGUGGUGAAGCAGGGCUGCAGGUAUCUCUCUGUCUCUCUCUCUCUAUCUCCCCCCUCCUCUCAAUUUCUGGCUGUCUCUAUCCAAUAAAUUAACAAAUAAAUAAGAAAGGUAGGGGCCAGGUGGUGGCACACCUGGUUGAAUGCACAUGUUACAGUGAACCCAGGUUUGAGCCCCCAGUCCCCACCUGCAGGGGGAAAGCUUUGCAAGGGGUGAAGCAGGACUGCGGGUGUCUCUCUGUCUCUCUCCCUCUCUAUCACCCCUUUCUCUCUCAAUUUCUGGCUGUCUCUAUCCAAUAAAUAAAGACAAUAAAAAUUUGUUUAAAGGCAUAGGACAAAUUAAAAAGUCUCUGCACAUCAAAAACAAAGUACACAAGACAGGGGGGAGCUUAAGAGUAUUCCGUAUGCUUCUCCAAAGAAUGCGAAUCAUCUGAUCAGCUGACUGGCUCAAGAUUUUGAAAGUCAGGAUGUUCAUAGUGACUUGCAAGACAGGCUGCCUGCAGACUGUUAUCAUUUUCCGUGUUUCUUCCUUAACUUGGGUGAUGUAUCUUGUGACUGAGAAGACUCGAGAAGGGGGUGCCAGGCAGUGGUGCAUGGGAUGAAGCAUAAGGACCCAUGCAAGGAUCUGGGUUCAAGCCCCUGACUCCCCACCUGCGGGGGGGGGGGGUGUCACUUCACAAGCGCUGAAGCAGGUCUGCAGGUGUGUCUUUCUCUCUCCCUAUCUUCCCUCUCCCCGCUCAAUUUCUCUCUGUCCAUCAGAAGAAGAGAGAGAGAGAGAGAGAGAGAGAGAGAGGGAGAAGACUCAAGAAGGUGCAUGAAAAGUACAUGUCCUCCAUAAGUGGUGAGCAGCAACUCCUACGAUCUCCUUUCACCUGAGGACCACAAAGGCAAAUAAAUAAAUAAAUAAAUACCCAAAAAAAAAAAAAAAAAAGCCCUAACCAGCACAGGUACAAUAAAUAAUUCACUGAGGCUGUGUUACAACACAGCAAAAAAGUAGGGUCUUGCUUCUGAACAGCAGUGGUCAACUUGUAUUUAAGACAAUGCUGCCCUUUCCUUUCAAGCUGAGGAAGACACGCCCCUUUCUGAGAUUUCUGUCCUGACUGUCUUUGAGUAUUGCAGAGGCGUAUGGUCAUCCAGAAGUCAAAACUCCCUUGGACUGCCAGGAGAGUUGGGCAAAGCACACUGGGGGCUGGAAAAAAUGCGACACUGACACAUCCUGCUUGGGAGCUUCCAAAGCACUUGCACAAUCAUCACGUUGAAACCGAAGUCAUCACUUGCUUUUUCUGGAUGGGGAACUAGGGUCUGGGUCUCAUGAAUAACAUCCCCAGGGUCACAAGACCAGUAAGUCAUAAAUUCCAGCCUUGAAUCCAGGUUCCAGGGCUUGAGCUUUGGGCUGCCUUUCCGACAGAAAAGGUCAGCAAACCGAAUCUGCUCACAGAAUCUGAGUCCCUGCUUUGUUGAGGCACCACUGGCAAGCUAGGAAGUGAUUUUUACAUUUUUAAUGAUGGGGGGGAGACUAUUUUGUGGCAUGGGAGAAAUACAGGAAAUGGAAAUUUCAGUGUCCAUAAAUAAAGUUUUAUUGGAACACAGUCAUGUACACUCA